ACCAUUCAUAGUUUACAAAAGCAUAACAAUAAGAAAGUAUUUUCUUUAUUAUUGCAAAUAUGGCCGCUUCAUCCAUGGCUCUCUCUUCACCAACCUUAGCUGGCAAGCCAGUGAAGCUGAGCCCAUCAAGCCAAGAAUUGGGAGCCUCAAGGUUCACCAUGAGGAAGUCUGCUACGACAAAGAAAGUAGCUUCAUCGGGUAGCCCAUGGUACGGUCCAGACCGUGUGAAGUACUUAGGGCCAUUCUCUGGUGAGCCCCCGUCGUACUUGACUGGAGAGUUCCCAGGUGACUAUGGUUGGGACACUGCUGGGCUUUCUGCUGACCCAGAGACAUUUGCGAAAAACCGUGAACUGGAGGUAAUCCACAGCAGGUGGGCUAUGUUGGGAGCAUUGGGAUGUGUGUUCCCAGAGCUUUUGUCCCGAAAUGGUGUUAAAUUCGGUGAAGCUGUAUGGUUCAAGGCUGGAUCACAAAUCUUUAGUGAGGGUGGACUUGACUACUUGGGUAACCCAAGUUUGGUCCAUGCUCAAAGUAUCCUUGCUAUAUGGGCUACCCAAGUUGUUUUGAUGGGUGCUGUUGAAGGUUACCGUAUUGCUGGUGGGCCUCUUGGUGAGGUCACUGACCCACUCUACCCUGGUGGUAGCUUUGACCCAUUGGGCUUAGCUGACGACCCUGAAGCUUUUGCAGAAUUGAAGGUCAAAGAACUUAAGAACGGUAGAUUAGCCAUGUUCUCUAUGUUUGGAUUCUUUGUUCAAGCUAUUGUCACUGGAAAGGGUCCUUUGGAGAACCUUGCUGACCAUCUUUCUGACCCUGUCAACAACAAUGCAUGGGCCUAUGCCACCAACUUUGUUCCCGGAAAGUGACCUUAAUUCGGUUUCAUUAUGUGUUUUUGGUGAAGUUUACGUUCUUGUAAUGUACUUCCCCUUAGAUUGUGAAUUAUCUAUCAUAUGUCUAUGCAACUUAAUGUUAAUCACUUGUUUUUUACAUUAUUCAUCUAUCAAUUUGUUUUUCCAAUCACUUAAUCUAUAUGCCAACCACUCAUUUAAAUAAUUCAU